GAACUCAAACCAAAAAAAUGAGUUUCCUUCAGCAACUACAAACUAAACGUGCGGCUUUAAAAGCCACUACCACCAUUGUGACCACAGCUAGUGGCAAACGAUUUAUAGAAACAAGCGCAUCUACCUCAACGCCAUUGCAAAUACUUGAAGAGCAAUCUUAUGGUUUUGUUGUGGAUACCAAACCGGAUACGGUGCCAGCAUGCAUUUUAAACGAUUUCCUUUACUUAGGCUCACAAGAUGCCGUUAAUUGUGACAACAUAAACGCUUAUAAGUUAACACAUAUACUAAGCGUAGGCAUUGAGACACCACAUUUGGCCAAUGAACAAGUGCAAACGAAAUUUUUACCCUGUCUCGAUUUGCCGGAAACGCCACUUAACGCAAUUGCCAUACCCACAGCUAAUGCAUUCAUCAAUGAAGUGCGUCGCGCUGCUGGACGCGUGUUGGUACACUGCAAUGCUGGCGUUUCGCGUGCGGCUAGCAUUGUUAUUGCAUAUUUGAUAUUAGAACUUGGAAUGACAUUUGAUGACGCCUAUGGCUUAGUGAAAUCGAAACGGCCAUGCAUACAACCAAAUGUAGGAUUUAUUAAGCAAUUAAAGAAAUUAAGUAUAGCCGAAUAAGCCCUAAGCUACAUACAUAAAUGUAAUGUAAGUAAAUAAUUUUUAGCUACAUUUAAUGUUAGCAUAAUUAGGAAUUUGUGGCAAAAAAGUAUGGUAUAAUUUCAUUUUAAAUGAAAUUGAAAGUUCUAAACCAUCUUAAAGUGCAAGGCUUCUCCUUUUUUACUGUUUUUCCUACUAAACUUGCCUAAUCAAAUUUUCCCUUUUAGGAGAUUUCUCUCUGCAUCCUUGGAAAUAAAACAAUUUUCUUCUUCUUUUCUACAUUAAGAUUUAUUGAAUUUCAUAAUUUCCUCUCGCAUCUCAAGAGGUACAAUAGGAUACCAAGCCGACUUGUAUCAAUCGUUUUCACCACUAACAUAGGAAUACAUAGAAUUUAUAAUAUACAUACAUAAGCGAAUAUAUAGCGUUUAAAAUAAAUUAAAAUAAAUGCUUAAUUUUUUUUUCUUAAAUAAAUCUUAAAGAUUUUUCUGACUAUGUCGAAUUGUUGGAACGCCACUUUCUGCAUCGCGUUGUUCUGAUAGGAUAUAAAUAUGUAUGUAUAAAAUGUACAUAAGAACAAAAUUGUUAUGACACACCUAUUCACAUUAGUAAUUGCAGGUAAAGUCAAUUUUUUAUGCAAAAAAUAACAUGAAAGAAAAAUAUAACAUUGUGACACACGAAAUGAAACAAGAUAAAAUAGAAUAAAUUAAAAUAAAUAGAAUAAAUUAAGAUAAAAAAAUUAAAA